AUGCAGCGACAUUACUGUCGACUUCCUGGCGAGUUCCUAGCAUCAACCUCCACCAGGGACAUAGACGACUCGGCCGACUUCAUACGUGAGCUACGCCAGCACUUCCAGGCACGCAGGCCGGUCAGCGGCACCAGGCUCGGUGAGCGAAAGUUCUUUGUCUUCAAAGACCUCGCUACCGCCAGCCACGUCUUCGUCAGGUACGACGCUACAGGAGGACCGCUUCUGCUGCCCUACGAUGGACCCUACGAAGUUGUUUCCCGAACCGACAAACACUUCACUCUUGCAAUGCGAGGCAGAAACGUUCCAGUGUCCAUCGACAGCCUCAAACCAGCCUACAUCAUCCCCGAGGAGUUCGCUGAACCCGAAGAUGACCUGGAUGAUGACGAAACCUUCAUUCCUAUUACUCCAGGAGAUAAUCAAGCUCCGUUACAACAGGAACCAGCAUCACCAUCUGCCUUCAUGAAGCGCUCAGGUCGUCGUGUUCGAUUCACCGAACGCUACCAGGCAGGCUUUAAUUAA